AUAACAACAGCAACAAAAACAGCUGACAGAGAUUUUGUAUUUAGCGAUUUUCUCGCCUCCCACAAAAACGUAAGGAAACUGAUAAAACUGUGGAAAUUCGCGUGAAAACUUGCCAUAGGGGCCAUGUGACCCUGUUAUAAACCGAAUCGGGUUUUUAAAAUUCUAGUUGUUUGAAUGUUAAAUCUGGAAAAAUGAUGCCUAUAUCAGAUAAUCAAGAUUUAGCAUGUUUUCUUGUUACGAAGCAUUCCACUUGGAAGGGCAAAUACAAAAGAAUAUUCUCUAUCGGAAGCAGAGGUAUCACCACUUACAACCCGUCCACCUUCGAUGUGACGAACAAAUGGCCCUACAAUGAAUUUUACGGCAUCCAAGCGAUUAAAAGUGCCCAAAACGAGUUUCAGAUAACGGUGAAAAAAGACAAAAAGAUCAACAAAAUGAUAUUUUCCACCGAUCACAGGAUAAGCCUCAUCACCGAAACGAUGAGGUUUAGGAGCCUGUUUGUGGAGAAACCUCGGGAAAUAUUCAGGUAUCAAGCUUAUAAAUAUCAUUGGUCGGACAUAAAACUUCCCACUUUACUGGAAGUGACCCCGUAUUCCUUGGAUCAGCUUGAUCCCACCAGCAACACCAUUCUUGCCAGUUAUACGUAUAAAAAUUUCGAAGGUAUUUGCACGGUCAAUGAUUACCCAGGCGGUUUUGUAAUAGUUUGCGGUGGAUUCGGACGUUUGCAUUUAUUCCAAUCGGCGGAUUUCGAAGAAAUUAAAAUCAAAAUUAUGGAGAGCGCUUCUUCAUUCUUGGGGGUCAAUGUUAAGGUGCUAGGACAGCCUAUCAGUUUAGAGGACUUCCAGAGGCAGAGAUUUGGGAAAUAUAGCGAUGAUGAAUAUUUGACCUCGGCGGCGGAGUUUAAUGUACAAAAAAUCCAUAAAGUGAGACAUCCGGAACCGGUGCGUCGCAUUUUGUGCCUGUCCGAGUUCUGUCUGCUGGAACGCGACCCGCAAACCUACAGUAUUUGUACUUUACAACCAUUAUGUGAUAUUUUCGCUUUAGUACGGGAUUGUGAUAAUCCGCAACAAUUUAGUAUCGAGUACGUUAACGGACAAAUUAGAUCCUAUUCUUCCACUGAUAGAGAUUCUCUCUUAGCCUCGCUGUUGGACGGGGUGAGAGCCUCGGGUAAUAAAGACGUUUAUAUUACCAUGAGACGCACCCCCCGAGGUUUACGUUUGGGGCCCUUGCACAUACCGGUCGAGGAAGAAGUUGAAAGUUUGCAUUUGAAGCUGUUUCAGAGCACGUUGCCCAAUAUGACCCUGGCUAAUUGCGUGAGGAGGUUUAACGCGAAUAUUUCUUACAGCGGACUUUUGUAUAGUGUGACCCAAGAGGGAAUAUUUUCGGAAAACAAGGAGAAGCUGAUAAUAGCGGCGUUGCAGGCUUUAGUGGCCCGCGAGGGCGAUCAAAAAACCAUUUCGGACGAGGAACUGGAGUGUCAAUUUCAGGCGCUCAGGAGAUUGGUGGCCAGCAAGAUCGGAUUUGCCGCUUUCACCAAAUUAUCCGGAUUUCGCGAGUCGAUUGGCAUGAAAGUGGUAACGGCAUUAAAAAGAAAUAACGUGGCAGUAACGCACGCGGCCAUAGAUAUGAUGUGUGCCUUAAUGCAUCCCAUGCACGAUGAUUACGAUUUGAAACAAGAACAAUUAAAUAAAUCGUCGUUGUUGCAAACCAAAGCGUUCCUGGAUAAUUUGCUUAAUAUGUGGACGAAGCAUAUAUCUCAAGGAACUGGGGCCUUAGUAGUCUCCUCGAUGCUGGACUUUCUCACGUUCGCCCUCUGUGUGCCUUAUAGCGAAACCACCGACGGGAAACACUUCGAUAUCCUUUUGGAAAUGGUGGCGGAACGCGGCAGAGUAUUGUUUAAAUUAUUUGAGCAUCCGUCCAUGGCAAUAGUAAAAGGUGUGGGGUUGCUGAUGCGAGCCCUAAUCGAAGAAGGCGACUCCGAAGUGGCGGUCAAAAUGCAAAAUUUAUCCUUGGCAGAGGGAGCGUUACCGCGCCACCUGUUGACCGCCCUCUACAAUCAAGGAUCUGACGGUCGCAUGUUAACGCUCAGACAACUGUCGAGGCAUUUAAUCGGGUUAUGGGUCACCGGCAAUCCUAUCGCUAUGGGACUUUUAAAACGGAUUUUGCCCACAGGUCUUAUAGCGUUCCUAGACUCGGAGGAUCCCCUCCCGAAAGAGGCCAAAGAACAAGAGCUCCUAAUCCACCGGGACAAUUUGAAAAUGGCCCAGGAUCACGCGAUGAAAUCCCGCAAACAUCCCAACUGGAUAACGGUGGAACGUCAGUUGAAAAAUGUGGAGAAACACGUGGAGUAUUACACCAAUUUGGCGUUGCAGCAUUGGGGUGCUAAAGUGGGCAUCAGUUUGAAAAGGGAGGAGAAAAUCAAGGAGCGUCCGAUCGUGUUGAGGAAACGGAGGGAACGUGUGAAGGCGGAGAGUAAUUGGCCGUUGUUUUAUUGGCAUUUUACCAGGGAUCAUGCGUUACCUAAUUUGAUUUGGAAUCAUAAGACAAGAGAAGAACUGAGGGCGGCCCUAGACAACGAAAUCCGCACCUUUUCGAACGACCGGGAUUUGGCCGGGAACGCGCUGGUUUCCUGGAAUCACCAGGAAUUCGAGUUGGCCUAUCAAUGUUUGGCGGACGAAGUGAAAAUCGGCGACUACUAUUUACGCCUUCUAUUGGAAAUGGACGAUUCCAACGAUGAUUCUCCCAUAAGAAAAUCGUACGAAUUUUUUAACGAUCUCUAUCACAGAUUCUUACUAACCAACAAGGGCGAAAUGAAAUGUAUGUGUUUACAAGCCAUGGCGAUUGUUUAUGGACGUUAUUUCGAGGAUAUCGGGCCCUUUAGCGAUACGAAAUAUAUUAUAGUGAUGUUAGAAAGGUGCGCGGAAAAAAUGGAGAGAGAUAGACUGGUAACCUUCAUAGGAAAACUGAUGUUUCAUCGGAAAAACGUCCGCGAACUAAUCGACGUGGGCGGCGUAAAAAUCCUCGUGGAUUUGGUCACUUUGGCCCACCUGCAUACAUCCAGGGCGGUAAUUCCCACCCAAACGAACGUGAUCGAGGCCGGACCUGAUAUGCAUAUCGAACAAAAGAAGGAGUGGUACUAUAAUACCGACGAGGGAGGUAAAGGGCCUAUUACGUUUGAUGAGUUCAAAGAACUAUUUCACAAAGGCAUCAUAACGAGCAAAACCCGUUGCUGGGCAAUGGGUUUGGACGGGUGGCGCGCCCUAUUCCAACUGCCGCAACUCAAAUGGUGCCUACUGGCCAAAGGUAAUCCCGUAUAUAACGAGAGCGACUUGGCCACGCACAUCUUAAACGUGCUGAUACGUAUAUGCGAGUUUUACCCCAGCAGAGACCCGGAGGGCGCCAUAGUGAGACCGAUGCCGAAAAUCAAGAAACUACUCUCGGAACAAACGGUUCUGGCGCAUAUCGUGCAACUGUUGCUCACGUUCGAUCCGAUUUUGGUGGAGAAAGUCGCCACGUUACUGUGCGAGGUGAUGACCGAUAAUCCGGAGAUUUCCAAGGUCUAUCUCACCGGGGUUUUUUAUUUUAUUUUGAUGUAUACGGGCAGUAACGUGUUGCCGGUCGCGAGGUUCUUGAAGCUCACCCAUAUGAAGCAAGCGUUUAAGACUGAAGAGACGAGCAACAACAACACGGCCCAAAAAAGCAUCCUGGGCCGUCUCCUACCCGAGGCGAUGAUAAACUACUUGGAAAACCACGGGGCGGACAAAUUCGCCCACAUAUUCCUGGGGGAAUUCGAUACCCCCGAGGCCAUAUGGAACUCCCAAAUGAGGCGUAUGCUCAUAGAUCGGAUAGCGGCCCACAUAGCGGACUUUUCACCUCGCCUCAAAACCCAUACCAUGGCCCGAUAUUUGUAUAUAGCCAUUCCGACCAUACGGUAUCCGCAAUUGGAACGUGAACUGUUUUGCAAUAUAUUUUACUUGAGACAUCUCUGUGAUACUAUUAAGUUUCCUGAAUGGCCUAUACCGGAUCCGGUGGCCUUGCUAAAAGACGUGUUGGACACCUGGAAAUGCGAAGUAGACAAAAAACCGUCGCAAAUGACCCUGGAACAAGCCUUUAAAAAUUUAGAGCUGCAGGGGGUCAACCACGAGGAAUCUGUGAUAAGGAAAGCGUACUAUAAACUCGCCCAGCAAUACCAUCCCGAUAAAAACCCGAACGGGAGAGAGAGGUUUGAACAAGUCAACCAAGCAUAUGAAUUCUUAUGCAGUAAAACUAGUUGGAACGCCGACGGUCCUAACCCAAACAAUAUCGUUUUAUUGCUGAAAACCCAGAGCAUAUUGUUCCAUAGAUAUGCCGAAGUGCUUAAGCCUUAUAAAUACGCCGGGUAUCCCCAACUGAUCGCGACGAUCAAGAUCGAGACCAAAGACGAUCUGUUGUUUUCAAAAAGCGAUCCUUUAUUAGCCUCCGCCACAGAGCUGGCUUAUCACACGGUAAAUUGUUCCGCAUUGAAUGCCGAAGAAUUACGGAGGCAAAAUGGACUUGAGGUCUUGUUAGACGCAUUUUCACGUUGCGUAGACGUCCUAAACAAAUCCUCCAAACCGGAAGACGUAUCGGUACAAGUUUGCAUGCAUAUCACGAAAUGUUUCAGCGUAGCGGCCCAAUUUCAGGGCUGCCGGGAACGGAUCAUCAAUUUACCGCAACUGAUCAAGGAUCUCUGUAGAAUUUUACAUUUUAAGCACCUCACAAAACUUUGCAGUGCAGCGACCGAAUGCGUAAAAGCAUUGGCAAGCGACGCGAUUUUACAGUUGGAACUGUUGAAAGCGGGGACGCUUUGGCAUCUGUUGUUGUUUUUAUUCAAAUACGAUUUUACCCUGGAGGAGGGCGGGAUCGAGAAAAAUGUGGAAACUAACGAGCAGGAAGUGAGCAAUAGAUUGGCCAGGGAAUCGAUCGGGGCGUGUGCCGCUAUGGCGGGGUUAGCUGGGGAGCAUAACGCCCUUAUAGUGGACAUUUUGAGGAGUUUGUUAACGCCUUUUAUUAUUAAUCAGUUGGCUAGUGAAAAUCCUGAUGAGGUACUAAAAACCCUAAAUUCCAACUGCGAAACACCCUACUUAAUAUGGAACAACAGCACCAGAACCGAGCUGGUGGACUUCCUGACUUGCCAAAUCGAAAGCAGAGAAGACGUGGACUUUAAUCAGGCCGUCGAGUUCAAAUUCUCCGCCCAUAGCGAGGAGCUGGUGAUCGGCGGGGUCUUUAUUAAAGUUUACAAUGACCAGCCUGCAUUCCAAAUACAGAACCCCAAAAACUUAGUGGUGGACCUAAUAACCUUCCUGCACGGCCAAUCGGAAUUCCUCCUCAAUCUAGCCAACGUCGCCUACUCAGUAUCCAAGGACAAAAAGCUCAACCAUGCCCAUAUGGCGUUAAAAGCGUUAGCCCACGCCAUCCGAAACCACCCCGGCGUAGAACUGCAAACGAUCGGCCACUUCAAACUCCUGUUCAACCUCCUUAUAGUCAACCAUCCUCCCAUCCAAUCGGAAACCCUAAACGUGAUCUCGGUAGUAACAAGAAACCACGAGUGUAUCAACGAUAUCGCGUCCAGUGAAGUGCUCGGUUACCUUUUGCUCGCCCUUUACUCCUUGAGGGAACAAACCCAACAGAUAUUGGAUAUUUUAUCGGCCCUAAUGACCAAUACUAAGUUGGUGCGCGAGGCUCUUGGCAAAGGAGCGAUUUUAUAUCUGCUGCAUUUGUUCUGUAACUCGACGAAUCCACAACAGAGGCUCGCAGCCGCUGAACUGAUCGCCCGCAUGACUUUGGACAAACUAAUCGGUCCCAAAGUGAAAAUCGCGACCGAAAUGUUUUUGCCCGCGAUAUUCUUGGACGCGAUGCGUGACAGUCCGGAAACGUCGCUCAGCAUGUUGGAGUCGAGCCAUGAGCAUCCCGAGCUAAUUUGGAACGAGGAGGUGAAGGUGCGAGUGUGCGAGAUCGUCACCAGGUUGACCGACGAGCAUUACCGAGAGCAAUACUCCACCCCGUCGUUGCAAUGGCGAAAACCCGAAAGUAACGGCCUGAAAAACUUGGUGGCGCCCAACGAGGUCAUCAUCGGCGGCGUCUACGUGCGUCUUUUCAUCGAAAAUCCCGCCUGGACCCUCAGGAAACCCAAAGAAUUCCUAUCGGAACUUUUGGAGACUUGCGUGGACAAUAUGUCCAAAGAUACACCAAACGAAAAGUUACUGGAGCUAUCGACAAACGCCCUUUGCGCCCUAUUGCACGCGCAGCCGGCCCUACUCGACAUGAUUCCCGCCUACGGUCACAUUCCGCGCAUUUGUUUGCAUAUGGGUGCGAACAUACAACAAACGAUGGUUCCUAAGUCCGCCAUAUUAAUUUUGAGAGCUUUAUCCAUGAGCAACCUUUGUAUCGGUGCUAUCGCGGAAACGCAAUGCAUGCGCCCCUUAAAACGUGCGAUGCAGGCUCGCAAAGACAUGGUGGCGGCGGCCUGCGAAGCCCUAAGUCGCCUUUUCGCCAACAGUCAGGAUCAGCUGGUGAAACAGGCGUUGGACGUCGAAUUUAUUCAUUUCCUGUUGAAUUUGUUGGAGGAACGACUGGAUUUGCUGGAUAAUCCCUCGAUGACGAAGGCGCAGAUCGUGAAGGCGUUGAAAUCGAUGACGUCCAGUUUGUUGUACGGCGAUAAGGUGAGCGCCAUCUUGGAGAAGAGCGGCGUAUGGGCGGAAUAUAAGGAUCAGAAGCACGAUUUGUUUAUUACCAAUACGAACGUGUCCGGAUACUUAACUGGUGUACCGGCCCCCGCGGGUUACUUAACCCAGGGUUCCGCUGCCGCCCUUCAAGUGGAGCCGCCCCCUAUCGACCGCCUCGAUCCCUUCCUGCAUAGAGACGGAUUUUCUUAAACAAAAAAAAAAACAUCGCAAAAUUAAUUAUUGUUUUAAUUAAUCUCUUCUUUUUUUUCCCAGUGAAACUUCUUAUUUACUUUAAGUGAAAAAUUAUGAAAAAACGCCCGUGCUAUUAAGCUUUAUUUACAUUAUUCCUUUUAGUUCUUAAGGGUAUUUAUUCGAGCUAAAUUAAAAAAAAAAGUUCCCACUUUAUACGUUAUAUAAAAUGGAUGUUGUAUAUACCGAUGGAUUUCUUUCUAUAUAACGUAAUAUGUAGAUCAUCCCUAAUAUUCUUACAUGGUUUUUUAUCGCCUUAUUCAAAUUAUUAUUAUUAUUAUGUAAAAUAUAUAAAUUUAGCAAACAA